AUUCCCAGCGCGGCCAGAAGGAGGAGAAGAGCGGAGCCAGCCUUGAGCCUGGGAGCGCAGCGGCCGCGGAGGAGGCGGCGACAGGCGGGAGCGGCGGCCGCACAGGCUCGGGGCCAGCCCAGCGCGCAUCCCCGGCGGGCGCCCUGCGCUGCAGAGAGCUCGGAGGAGCGCGGGAGCCGCGACCCAGGAGUGGACAAAGCAAGAUGGCAGGGAUCUUAGCCUGGUUCUGGAACGAGCGGUUUUGGCUUCCGCACAAUGUCACCUGGGCAGACCUGAAGAACACGGAGGAAGCCACCUUCCCGCAGGCGGAGGACCUUUACCUCGCCUUCCCCCUGGCCUUCUGCAUCUUCAUGGUGCGGCUCAUCUUUGAGAGAUUCAUAGCCAAACCAUGUGCCAUAGCCCUCAACAUCCAGGCCAAUGGACCACAAAUUGCCCAGCCAAACGCCAUUCUGGAAAAGGUCUUCACUGCUAUAACAAAGCAUCCUGACGAGAAGCGGCUUGAAGGGCUCUCCAAGCAGCUGGACUGGGAUGUUCGGAGCAUCCAACGCUGGUUUCGACAAAGGCGCAACCAGGAAAAGCCCAGCACCCUGACCAGGUUCUGUGAGAGCAUGUGGAGAUUUUCCUUUUACCUCUAUAUAUUUAUCUAUGGAGUCCGGUUCUUAAAACAGACUCCUUGGUUGUGGAAUACAAGACACUGCUGGUAUAACUACCCCUACCAGCCACUCACUGCUGACCUUCACUACUAUUAUAUCCUGGAGCUGUCAUUUUAUUGGUCUUUAAUGGUUUCCCAGUUCACAGAUAUCAGAAGGAAGGACUUUGGCGUUAUGUUCCUGCACCACCUUGCAUCUAUUUCCUUGAUAACGUUUUCAUAUGUCAACAACAUGGCCCGAGUAGGGACCCUGGUCCUCUGUCUUCAUGACUCAGCCGAUGCUCUGCUAGAGGCUGCCAAAAUGGCAAAUUAUGCCAAAUUUCAGAAGAUGUGUGAUCUUCUGUUUGUCAUGUUCGCCAUGGUUUUUAUCACCACACGGCUGGGCAUAUUUCCUCUCUGGGUGUUAAAUACCACACUGUUUGAAAGUUGGGAGAUCGUUGGACCUUACCCUUCCUGGUGGGUUUUUAACCUGCUACUGUUGCUAAUACAAGGCUUGAACUGCUUCUGGUCUUACUUGAUUGUAAAAAUAGCUUGCAAAGCUGUUUCAAAAGGCAAGGCUGGGAAGUGGAACCCUUUGCAUGUAUCCAAGGAUGACCGGAGCGAUCUUGAAUCUAGCUCAGAUGAGGACUCAGAACCUGCAGGGAAGAAACCACACGCUUCAACCACCAACGGAACCAGUGGUACCAACGGAUAUCUCAUAACUGGUCCAUGUUCCAUGGAUGACUAAUUACCCAAAACUAUAAGUCUUCAUCAAAGUGAACUGUUUGUUCCUGGAAGUAUUUAAUAAGUUGCAAAUGCGGUUCCUUUCAUGAUAUCUCAUCACCAGAGACAAAAAUUAGGAUUCUCAAAGCAUUCUGAAUAGUGUACUGCCAUGUGUCCUGUCUGUGAAUGAAGAAGAAAUCCCAUUCUCUCUAUGUAGGCAUGCUGUGUGUAACUGACACAAGGGAACAGUGUUUGCAUUUGUCUCAGAAUAUUAUUUAUUUUUUUUAUUUGUUUGUAAAUCUGUGGACAGAUGAGGAUUCCCUUGCUCCUUUUACUCUGGGCUCGUGACUGACCGUGAAGGAGAUGCUCCAUCUGUUUCUACCCCUUUCUCAUGCUGUAGUCCAGUGUGCAGUGAGCAUCAGCUGACCUUAUCACUUAGACCAAGUAAAACCCCAUGAAAUGUCCUCACACAGUUCCCGAUAGGUUGGCUUUCUUUCCGUUCUGCACCCACUUUAUAGUUGUCCAUGUAGUUGGUGACUGUUGUCCUAUGUAAGUCUAAACGGGAUGAACCAGGUAUUUUAGCUGUCACUCUUUGUGGUCAAUUAGCAGUUCAAAUGAAGGGGGAUAGCUAUUAGGGGACUUUGGGAUUUUAUAUGAAAUUGCUUUGGAAUAGAUUUGUGUCUUUGGAAAUUGCUUUGUCUCUUAUGCACAAACAUGAGAUUUCAUUAGUGUGGUAGAUAGUUGGGAGUUGACCUUGUCGGGAGUUACUUUGCCCUCCAGUGAGGCCAGUGUUCUGAUUCUGAAACAAUGUCGCUAGUUAAGCUCACAGACUCAAAGGGACCCACAGACUGGGGACUUGCUCUGUGUUCUGGGAAUCACAUGAGGCUAGCAACUGAUUUCAACCACAUCUUGCCGCAGCUCCUACUGUAUUAGCCCAGUCUUCCGUCCUGCCGUGUAAAAAACGAAGCCAAGAACGUUUUGAGGCAGAUAAAGAGGGAAUCUUUUAAGCGUUGGCAAAGACUAACUUCGUGCAAAGCACUUCACUGCCACCAGCGCUCAAGAGAAAGCCCUACCUAGUAUUCAACUUGUUUUUAUUUUGCUGAGAAAAAUAAGUCCAAUGGAAGAAAGACCAUUUACCCUUUGCCUUUCUCCCUAAAUGCACCCCACAAUGACUUCCUCGUUGCUAGAAGCGUCAGGCCUGCACUGCAAGUUCGUUUCAUUUACUGCUUUGAAGACCCAUGGGGGCUCCUAAGAAUUUUUAUUCAAGUGGAGCCAUUUCCAGAAGAACUUCAGAACUUCUACUGGACAAUGGCAGUGACAGCCAUGAGAAAAAUUACCAAAGAGUACGCUCAUGAGAGCACUCCCCACCCCCACCCCCAGGGCAUUGUCACUGGUGUGUGGCUACAGCAACCACACAGGUGAGCCAAGGACUUUACCUCAUCUCAUCUUUAGAAAAAAGGGAAUUCAAAGAUAAUACAAAUACUCCUAAGUCAAACAUCACCUAAAACAGGAAUCCAAAAUAAUCAGGGCGCUGAGUAGCCAACGACAAAAUGCUGCCAUGCAUGUCUGUCCUGCCCAGAGCCAUCCACAUUUCCUUUGAUUUUUUAAAAUUUAAUCUUCAUACCCAUCCUUUGAAGCCUAUGGGUGAAUAGUUAAGAGAAGACUCCCCAAGAACUCUGGCUGCAGUGUUGGAUCUUUUUCCACCCAACUACAAAGCAGUAUUUUCUGGUAUGGUCCAGAUAAUAAUUUUAAAAGCUUGGAAACAUGUCUACUUGUUACUAGAGAAGACAGUGCAACUGACUGUGUUUUGAGCCUUGCUGAUUCAGUAACCCAAACAGUUGUAUGUCUAGGAGUGAAACUGGAAGUGUUUGAGCUUAUGAGACCAGUGAUUAAGACACCCAGGGUGUGGUCAGUAAUCAAAGCAUUUGCACAAAUGCAGACAGAUGGAAAGCAAAAGCAGUGUUGAAAAGGUGAGCCUUUUCCUCAGCUAAGCUAAGAAGCAUGCCCAUCUUGCUUAAGUGUCUGGGCACCUCGUCCUCCCAGGGGUGACAUGAACUUGAGAACCACAGUGUAUUCCAAUUUGUACAAAUUCGGAAGAGGUCUGUAAAAUGAAGUCAGUUGGUUCUGCCCAUAUCAAAGGCAGUUCUGAGCCUGCUAGACUAGGGAUGUGCUUUCUGACUAACACCAGUAACUUGACCGGUUUGUCGACUGUGUCUGUAGAUUUUUGUUUCAUUUUGCAUUCUAGAGAAAAUAGUUCCAUUUGGUGAGUUGGAAUGGCGUUUGUAGGCUUUCCCUGGAGUAGAAUAUCUCUGUCUGCUGUUCUCCCGUAAUGACUAGAUAAGACUAAGCACAGACACUACAUGAGGAAUCCUGUUCACUUAUGCUGGGCCAUAGCCUUCAGAAGUGUGAUUUGUAAAUGCAGCUGUAGGUUAGUUCCGAGUGGUGUUCUCAUUAGUUAGCUUAGUCUGUGGUGAUGUCCCCUUCCUCCUGGUUGCAUUCACAUUUCCCAGGGUAUCAAGGUGUGUGUAGAAAGGACUCUAGAAAAAGUAACUUUUGAUCUCCAGUGUUAUAGCUUACCUAGAUUUAGUGGGGGGAGAGUAGGAAAUCAAGUAGAAUUUGGCCUUGAGUCAAUAAAUGAUAUAGCCAUGUGUGGUUUGUGUGUGUAUACAUAUGUUCCUCCAAAAAACAGUAAAACCAAAUUAGUACUGAUUCAUCUUCAUCCAUCUUGUCAUAAAAAGAUACAUUCACAUGUACUAUAGACACUUCCCUUCUCCUUGGUUUUGCCGCCCACCUGCUGAGAGGAGCCAAACCCUUUCAGCCUCUUAUCUACAGAGCUCCCUGAGAGACCCAGGCCCUGAGCAUCUGCUGUCACCCUUAAGCCAAACCCAGUUCGCUCUCUCAAACUGUCCUGUGGAUGUUGAGAGGAGAGGAGCAACCAGAAGAACAGUAUUGUGGGUCAUUCGGGUGUUUGUUGUAAAAAUGAGAAUGAUUGCCAUUUAACCCCAGGGUUCAAAUGCUGCUGAAUUGCCAGAGAGAGGACAUCCCCAAUUCCCCUCUAAUCAUCCCACUGGCAUCUAACAGAGAAGAACAAGGCAGAAAAGACAGGGAACAAGCAAGGCUAGAUCAGAUCUUUAGUGCAUAUGAUGGGUGAGUCUCCAAAUGUCAAAUUCUCAUCUGAACGCAGCCGUAUACUCAGCCACAGUGCUGUGUUCAAGGAUGGGCAGGUUGCAUGUGCUCCCGUGCUCCCAAAGGCACUCAGAGGCACCACUGUCAGCUUGUGUGGAAGUACACUCAGUGAUGCUCAUGGAAUGACAAAUAGGCUAAGGACACAUUUCUCAGAAUGUGUCCCUAUUGUUAAGUGACAUACUUGGUAGGGUUUGAGUUUGAGCAAACGGAAUGCCUUCCUUCAUCUUAGAUAGAAAAGGUCUGAAUCUUCCACCUUGCAUUUAAAUCUCAUUGUUACUUGAGCUAAGUAAAGAUGAGACUUUGCCGUAGUUUGCCUGUUAAAAAUGACUUCAUUGUGGUUUACCUAUGUCUUUGCUGGCAAGCUCUUCUGAGAGAAUGUAUGAGUACCCUUGAUUAUCUCCAACCCAUUCAUCACCAUGUAUCAGUAAUCAUUUGGGUAGAAAUUAAUGCCAAAGCUGCCUGGAUAUUUGAGUAUUUUUUUUUAUUUGAAGUAUAAAAAGUAUACAAAAUUACUCCAAAGGUGUAUGUAGGUCCAUUGAUCAGUAUGGGCGAUGAUGUCAUUAUACCCAGAGAGGCUUCAACACCUUUGGAAAUAAAAGGUUAAAUGUUCACAUUUUAUGUGGUGUUUGUGGUCUUAAGGCUCUUACUUGCUUAUUUUCUUGUCUGUGACUUAUUUCUUCUUAGCAAAUAAGGAACUAUAGCCCUGAAAUGUUUCUAACAUCCAAAUGAGAAAAAAAAAGUCAAGUAAGAUAAAAGACAGCAUGAAAGGAAAGUGGUAACAUGACUUUCAUGUUCUUGUGUGGAAAGAAAGAAGUGGAGAGAGCCCUAUUUAUUGCACUCGCCUUCAAGUAUGCUGUCCCUGGCAGGAAGGAUUGCAAACAGUUCUUUUAAAAAAGUGAAACAAGACUUUUUUCCAGAUGUAUUCUUCCCAAGAUCCGUUUCUCUUGCUGAGUUGAAAGUGUGCCAUUCUCCAAAUGCUAUAGACUAAUUAGCUACAUUCUACCAGUCACAUUUUUGUUCUACAAAACUAAUGGGCCAAAGGAGGGCCCUGUAGUUUGCCUGUGUGUACAUGGCACCAGCUCGCCCCUAGGGGGCGCCAAGCAGAUGUGAGGGAGCCCUGGUUACAGCUGUUCAAAAUCCUCUCACCAAUUCCAAGGUAGCUACUUUUCAUAAAAACAGCUGCAUUGAAGAACAUAAAUCAUCAUAAAUAAUGGAAUCCGGAGACGCCCCGAUGAGAACCUUAGCCUCCUGCAUAAUUUUGUCUUGAAUUUAACCAAGAGCCUUCGAAAUGAAUGUCAUUGGCAGACGGGUACAUGGAGGCCCCACCAACUCUAAGAAAUUAAUAAGGCUCUGCCACCGGAUGACAUAUGGCAUCUCUAUGGAGCUGGGCAUUUUCAGGAUUGCCAGGAAUGAGAGGGUUCCAUUAGCCAAGUCAGCCCUGCUUAUCUCAUUCACUUCCAGUCCUUUUAGCCUCCUGGAACUCUGGUAAAAGAAAACCAAAUGCUAACAUGUCUCUGCUUUCAUUUUCCCGGUGACCCUUAGAUCAGCUCUUCCCACACCUCCUCCUCUGCCUGGUCCCAUGUUCCUGGGAGGGAAAAAAAGAAAAGAAAACCUGUGCCCGUGUACAUGUGUUUCCUUAACCCUGGUCCACGAAUGCUUAGCUUCCUGUAUUGUGAGCUAUCUGGGAACCAACGUACAGCGGAGGUCAUCAUAGUUUCUAUGUUCAGUGAAAAAUUUGAUUGCAUUCAUAUUUCUUAUCCAUUUCGCCUACAGUAAAUGUCAUAAGCUAUCUGUAAAACUGUCCUUAAUGGGAAGAAUAUUUUUUAAAUGUUAGCUACAAAACUCUGGGAUAUAAUGUUAUGAUUCUGGAACUUCUGCUCAAAGGUUAAUUAACAUAAAUGUGGAAAACACACUCCAGUUUGAUUUCCCCUAAGCUCACAGUUUUCAUAACUCCUUUGCCCAAGUCAUCUUCAAUGACCUUUAUGGCCUUUUGCUGUCAUAGAAAACGAUGGUGGUUCAUUUGGGGAUGUGUUUCUCUUUUCCAACUUUCAGCGAGGACUAGGCUAGGUGCCGGAAGCUCUUUGUUCCCUAAAGACUGUUUAGUCCUUGAGCAUCUGUCAGAAGUGAAAUGGUGUACCAUUAGCCAAUUAGAAUUCUUCUGUGUACUGUUACCAUGUUUUGCUGAUUUUUAUAUGGAAAUAUAAUUAUUCAUUCUUGAUCUUUGGAAGUAA